GCAAUAUGACAUGGGCCCCACACGGAAGCUUACAAAGCAACACGUGUCACGCUUAGCUGGCAAAAGAAUUACAGCUUACACACGUGGCACGCUUAGUUGGCUAAAAGAAUGGUUAUGAUUUUGCUUCCUUCCUUCCUUCACGGGUUUCGACGGCGACAAAGCAUUUUCGAACCUCUUUACGCGUGAAUCCUGUUUCUGCACACUCUGAGAGGAGGAGAUUCCAAAUUUCUCUCAUUCCUUCCUUCCUUCCUUCCGUGACGACGGUUUCAUGUCUAACCCUUAAAACGCAGCGUUUUCAUUCCGUGUUUGUUUAUGAUUACGAAAGCUAAUCCCCAUAAUCUGGGUUAGCUCCAAAAACAUCAAACAAACCAUGGACACGAAUCACGAAUCCAACACCCAAAAACUCGAGAUUGAACCAUCAUCAUCCGAUGAUCAUCAAUUCCACUCGAUGAACGCUCUCGAGAUCCUAAGAGAAACCGUUCGGAUCCUCCGCUACAACCUCGCCGCGUUCACGCUAACCUUACUCCUCCUGAUCUGCCCCGUCUCCGCGAUCCUCCUCCCGAACCUCCUAGUCGACCAAUCAGUCGUCAAUUCGCUCACCAUCCGCCUCGUCCUCCUCGCGAAAUCCAGCGGCUUGCCUCUGCUUCCCUUCGUUCGAAACUCGUGCCAGAAAUUCUCGGAGACGGCCGUCUCCUCCGCCGCGUGCUUCCCUCUCUUCGUCACUCUCUCGCUCUUAUCCAGAGCCGCCGUCGUCUAUUCCGUCGAUUGCACUUACUCGAGGAGGAGAGUCGUGGCCGCCAAGUUCGUUGUGAUCAUGCAGAGACUCUGGAAACGCCUCGUCUUCACUUACCUGUGGGUCUGCGUCGUGAUCGUCGUCUGCCUCACUUCCUUCUGCGUCUUCCUCGUUGCUGUCUGUAGCUCCUUCUUCGUUCUUGGCUUCUCUCCUGAUUUUAAUGCAUAUGGAGCUAUCUUUAUCGGUUUGGGGUUCUCUGUAGCGUUCGCGAACGUGAUUAUUAUCUGUAACACCACGAUUGUGAUUUCGAUUUUGGAAGAUGUAUCCGGUCCAAGGGCGUUGGUGAGAGCGAAUGAUUUGAUCAAGGGGCAGACGCAGGUUGGGUUGUUGAUUUUUUUAGGGUCGACGAUAGGGUUGACGUUUGUGGAAGGGCUGUUUGAGCAUAGGGUGAAGAUUUUGAGCUACGGAGAUGGGUCUUCGAGGAUUUGGGAAGGUCCGCUGCUUGUGGUGAUGUAUUCGUUUGUGGUGCUUAUUGAUACGAUGAUGAGUGCGGUUUUCUAUUUUAGUUGCCGGUCUUAUAGUAUGGAAGCUGUGGAGGCUCUUGAGGCUUCGGGAGGUGGGACUCAGCCCAUUAUGGAGAUGGUGUCUCAAGAUUUGUCUCUUCUAUAAGAGUGUCUUUUCGGAUUUUCAAACGUUUAGUUUCGUUCUGUUUUCUUGGUUUCUAUACACAAAGAGAAGGAGCAAAGCAUGCUCCAAUGAUCAUUGUUUUCAGGAGUUGUGGGCGAGUUAAGCUGCCUCAUUUCUACUGUUGCAGGGGUGCGCUCGCAAUACCUGAUCAGCAAACAAUUCUCACAACUGAGUAGGACUUUACUAUGUGAUUAAGUUUUGCUGGAUUUUGAUCUCAAGAGGGUGGAAAUAUCAUACGUUUUUCUUAGUGGAUAAGUCAAUGGAUACGUAGGCUUAAAUUGGCUCUGUUUUGGCAUAAAUCAUUUGGAUUUCUCCUGCAGAAUCAGUACAAUAUAUUUCCUUUGUUUGCAUUGAAGGUCAAUUGAACCUGAGAUCCGAACCACACUUGUACUAGAAACCCGAAUCCGACCCAAAUAUAUAUCCA